AAAACAAAACCAGCAGACCCUCUCAGCACUCUCCCCUCUCUCCUCCGGUCAUGGGGUUUCGGCCAUGGCCACCACCGCGGCGCCGCCGUGGCCGGUGGCAGGCGUUGCGCAGAGGGCGAUUUUUCAGCCCGUUUCAAACCCCGUUUGGAGGCCGAGCGUUCUUAGCUCGAAUGCCGAGAGGAAGGACCCUUCACCCCGCCUUUAGAGCCGAUUUCAGCGACGGAGAGGUCUUCGUCGACACGGCCGAGGGGCGCCCAGGUAUUUUCUUCCUCUUUCUCUUUUAAUUUCGUAGAUAAAAUAAAAUAAAUGAGAAAAAAAUAAAAUAAAAUACAAUAGAUUUCUAACAUAAAAAAACAAAUAUCACCUUCAACAACAAUCAAAUCUUUUCUUUUGUUUUUGCAUUCAAUCAGUUUUUUUUUAAAAAAAGAAGAAGAAGACAACACAUUGAUAUUUCAUGGCUAUAGCCGAUUCUUAAAACCCCUAAACUUCUAUUUUGUUGUUUGCGAUUUGGAUUAUGCUUGUUUGUCGUUUUCUGCUUUGUUGCUUUCUUUUUGCAGGUGGUGUCAGAGGUUGGCGCGGUGGUAGAGGCGUGCGAGCAGGAGCGGCAGAGGCGUGGGAGGCAUGCGGCUAGGGCCCCGGGCAAAAAUGGGCCACUACAAGAAUUAUGUUCGAUUUACGGGCUUCUAUGGUCAAGCUGAUCCGAACCAUAGGAAUCUGUCCUGGGAUAUGCUUAGAAGAAUUGGUAGAACAGUGAAGGAAGACUGGAUCGUGGGAGGGGACUUUAAUACAAUUUUUGAUGAUGAUGAGAAGAGGGGGGAGGAGAAAACAGAGGGUUUUUAUGGAGGACUUUAAAAAUGUUCUUGAGGAGCUGGCCUUGGUGGACAUAAAAACUUCAAGGGGCUGGUUCGCUUGGAUUAACAAUAGAGAUGGGGACGCCAUGGUAAAAGAAAGACUGGACCGGUUCGUUCUUUCCUCUAUGGCUUGUAGCGCUUAUCCGUAUAUUGAUACCAAUGUUAUCUGCCAAACUAGUUCAGACCAUAAGGCGGUUAUGCUAGAUACUUUAGGUAAAAAGCUGAAGGAAGGUCGAUCCGAGGCUCUUUUUAAGAUUUGAAGCUUGCUGGGCGAGGGAUGAGAAAGCCAAGAAAAUCAUAAAAGACAGAUGGUGCAACUGCAGUGAUAGCAUUGUGAAGAAGAUGAAUUGUGUCCGUGAUUCUUUGGGGCCUUGGCAGUUUAAUAAAUAUAAUAAGAGAAAACAUCAAAUCAAUAAGUUGUCGAAGAAGCUUGAUGACAUCAUUGAUGCGCCGAAUGCGCAAGCCAACCUCAACAGUAUUAAGGAGACCCGUCUUAAAUUGAAGAAGCUUUAUGAGGAAGAUGAGAUUUACUGGGCGCAAAGAUCUAGAAUCGGCUGGUUAAAAGAGAGUGACAGGAACACUAAAUUUUUCCAUAUGAGGGCUACGAGUAGGAGGAAAAAGAAUGAUAUUGAUAGACUGAAAGAUAGCAGUGGGGGCUGGGUGUACAAUAACCGAGACAAGUGUCGUGUGGCUAGGGACUAUUUCAUUGAUCUGUUUCAGACAAGCACGAAUAUUGUCAAUAAUAUGGAUAUGAGUUGCAUUCCAAAGUGUGUUAACGAGGAGAUGAACAAGAACCUUACGAAAAGCUUCACUGAUGAGGAAAUCCUUAGAGCUUUCAACCAGAUAAACCCGAGAAAGGCUCCAGGUAGUGAUGGCCUCCCUGGAAUUUUCUUCAAAGAAAAUUGGGAGGUCGUGGGUAAGGAUAUUCCCUCCUGUUGUCAUGAUUUCUUAAACGCUGUGGUUGAUAUGUCCAGCAUAAAUGAAACGAUAAUUGUUCUUAUUCCAAAAAUAAUGAACCAACGGAUAUGACUAA